AUGGGCUGCACAUGCAGUGGCCAAGUGGUCAAUGACAACUUAUACACGAAAAAACGAAGCUCUCUGGACUCCUUGGCGUCGAAUCACUCAAUUUGGCGAGGAAACAACUACUGUGGAAAUGAUGAUGUCGUGUUUGUGGCUCAACACGACUUCAAGCCCAACAACAACAGCGAACUUUCCUUCGAAAAGGGUGAUCAGUUCAAGGUGCUGCAGGAAAACGGAGAUUGGUGGUUGGUUCGGUCGCUAGUCACGGGUUACGAAGGUUUCAUUCCGUCGAACUACGUUGUUCGGGCGGACACUCUUGAGGUGGAGAAAUGGUUCUUCAAGGACCUGAGCAGGCGAGAGACGGAACGGUUGCUCCUGGCGCCAGGAAACAAACCCGGAGCUUUUCUCAUUAGGGAAAGCGAAACGUUUCAAGGCUCCUUCUCGCUGUCCGUCAGAGAUUUCACCCCGGAAACCGCCGAUGUGGUGAAACACUACAAGAUCCGGUCUCUUGAUAAAGGAGGCUACUACAUCUCCCCAUCCAGCACUUUCCCAUCUUUGCAGGAGCUGGUCAAGUACUAUACAUGUACCGCCGACGGUUUGUGCCAGCGUCUGUACGCUCCUUGCAAAAAGAAGCCCCCUCAGCAGCCGUGGGCUCCGGAUGAGUGGGAGAUUCCACGAGAGACCCUAACACUAGUGAAGAAACUCGGAGCCGGGCAGUUCGGAGAAGUUUGGAUGGGGUAUUAUAAGAAUACGCUGAAGGUUGCCAUCAAGACGCUGAAGGAGGGCACCAUGGAACCCCACGCGUUUCUGCAAGAAGCCAACUUGAUGAAGCAGUUGCAGCACGAACGGCUAGUGCGACUUCACGCAGUAGUCACACGGGAGCCCAUUCUCAUCAUCACGGAGUUUAUGAUCAAUGGAUGUUUACUGGACUUUUUAAAAACAGAUGAAGGAAAAAAACUCAGGCUAAACAAGCUAAUCGACAUGUCAGCACAGAUAGCCGAGGGCAUGGCCUACAUCGAGAGCAAGAACUCCAUCCAUCGUGAUUUACGGGCAGCUAACAUCCUGGUCAACGAGACACUGCAUUGCAAGAUAGCGGAUUUCGGUCUGGCUAGGCUGGUGGAGUCUGAGUAUACGGCGCAAGAAGGUGCCAAAUUUCCCAUCAAAUGGACCGCUCCCGAGGCCAUCAAUUACGGCACGUUCAGCAUCAAGUCCGAUGUGUGGUCAUUUGGAAUUCUCCUGACAGAAAUAGUCACCUACGGAAGAAUACCAUAUCCAGGAAUGACCAACCCGGAGGUGGUCCGCAACCUGGAGCGUUCCUUCAGGAUGUCGUGUCCGGAAGGUUGCCCGGAGGAGCUUUACCACAUCAUGAUGGCUUGCUGGAAGGAGCGGCCCGACGAGAGGCCUACCUUUGAAUUUCUGCAAAACAUCCUGGAGGAUUUCUUCGUCGCGACGGAGGGACAAUACGAGAUGCAGACGUGA